GGCGGCGGGGGCCGCCCGCCGGCCGCUCUCUCCCGCCAGCUCCGCGGCACCCGAGAGAUUUAGGAUGAGACCAGCAGCUCUUCGUCGAGUACCUUCAGCCCUGAAAUCGGAGAAGUGACUUGGAUCAAUUAUAGCAGUGAAUCAACGUUCUGUAACUUUACGCAGUUCCGUGGUGGCCGAGGCCGUUCUGUGCCCACGUUUAUUGGGGGCUGGUGGCACAAAGGCAGAAGUUUGAGCAGCUCCUGCCCUCGGGAGCUGACAUGUCCAUAGAAAAGUAGGCGGCUGGAGGUGGGAGACUGAAGUGUUGAUGACUCCAACGUGCUUCUUAGGGCUGCCUUCCUGAGGAGACCCUUUCCUGAGUGGCUGAGCACAUUCCCAUACUGCAGUGUCUUGUUAUCACUCCUCUGGGAGCUGCCUGCACUUCUUUUUUAUACCUGCAUCCAGAUGAAGCCUUGGCCUUGUAAUCUGUAGAGGUGACACAGCUUUGAAGACUAGAAAUCAGAGGCAGUUGUGCCCAGCAGCUUGACUGUAAAGAUAUGGAGCUGUGCUAAUAUAACCCCAUAAAUAAUUAAGAAUCGAAGCCUCAUUAUAGUAACAUGGACAUUAACAGUGAUAAUACAGAUAAAUACAGAAGCCUGGGAAUCAUGAUUUAAGUGAAGCCCCUGUCCAAAGGUUUCCCAAUGAGUGGAUCAGGAUGACCGUAAUGUAGGGAUUUGCCAUAGUAUGGCUGCUUCUCGGUCUACUCGUGUCACAAGAUCAACAGUGGGGUUAAACGGCUUGGAUGAAACUUUUUGUGGUAGAACUUUAAGGAAUCGUAGUAUUGCUCACCCUGAAGAAGGAUCUCCCCAUUGUCAGGUGCGCUCCAGAUCACCAAAGAAGAGACCAGAGUCUGUGCAAACUCAGAAAGGGGCCAGCAGCACCAGGGCCGCUGACCUAAGACCGCCAGGUACUCGAGAGCUGUGGGUAAGCCCGAGGAAAAGAGGACUUUCUUCUUCAGAAAAGGAUGUCGAGAGACACGCUGCAGAAAACUGUGAGAGGAGGCCCACGGAAGCGGCUUCCCCCAUCUUCAAGCGCCUGAAGCGCUGUCUGCGCUCUGAGGCCCUGAGUAGCUCGGAGGAAGAGUCCCCUGCCAAAGCCAGCCAGGAGGGCUCCCCAGAGCGGCAUCGCUCCACAGUGGACAAUGGUGCUGAUUCCCCAGGGGCCAAACGAGCUUGUCGAUGCCUUCUACUGGAUGAUUGUGAGAAAAGGGAAGUUAAAAAGGUGAAUGCCAGCAGGGAAGGGUCCCCGAGCCCUGCUGUCGUGGAAGAAGGCGCAGGCUUUCGGGCUUUUAAUGGGGUUGAUGACAGUGACUCUGCUCUCCUCCACUGUGAUGACUGUCAGCUUGAUGGGAACCCCAGACAGAACAGUCCUGGUUCCUGUAUGCUGCAGGACCAGCCGGUAGCUGAAAAUGGGGAUUCAGAUGCCCAUUCCUCCCGUUUGCUUGAGAGUAGGAAAGAAGAGAGCGUUGUAGACCAUAAUGUGCCUUGCACAAAUUCACAAGUGCAGGUCAAGUUGGAGGACCACAGAAUAGGAGCUGCCUGCCUGCGUGAGGAGCCCGCGCGUGAGCUGACUCCCGAGCCAGCUCCAGUGCCCUUUCCUGAAAUUCAGCCGUCUUUAAGGGAUUCUGAGGAAGAAGUAGACGUGGUAGGAGAUAGCGCCUCCCGUGAGAACACCAGCAGUGCUGGCGGGGCUAGUCAUGCCAGGGCUCCCAUCUCAGGAGAGCCUGUCCCCGCGCCUGCCCCGGACUGUGUUUCUGCUCCAAUGACCUCUUUGUUCGAACCCCAAGAGCACCGCUACACAUUGAGAACUUCGCCAAGGAGGGCUGCCCCGAGCAAAGGUAGUCCCACAAAAAAUAACUCUCCUUGUAGAGAAAAUGGACAAAUGGAGGAGAACCAUCUUAGUCCAGCAGAAAAGAAUGUCCCUCUUAGCGUUAAUGUCAAUGGUUCUCCCACAGACUCUGAGGACGGUCCUCAGACUGGAAAGGGGACGAGCUGUGAUCCUGGAUCGCCACCCCUGGAGGCCAGGCUCCCUCCUGGGUACGUGGCGCCUGCCAAAGAGAGUGCCGCCCUUCGAGCCCCAGAGGAGGACGAGGAGGAGCCUGACGUGUAUUACUUUGAGUCAGAUCAUGUGGCAUUGAAACACAACAAAGAUUAUCAGAGACUGUUACAGACGAUUGCCGUACUCGAGGCUCAGCGCACUCAAGCAGUCCAAGACCUCGAAAGUUUAGGCAGACACCAGAGAGAAGCGCUGAAAAAUCCCAUUGGAUUUGUGGAAAAACUCCAGAAGAAGACCGAUAUAGGGCUUCCAUUUCCACAAAGAGUUGUCCAAUUACCAGAGAUUGCAUGGGACCAGUAUACUAACAGCCUUGGAAACUUUGAGCGAGAGUUUAAAAACCGCAAACGCAAUACGAGGAGGGUGAAGUUGGUUUUUGAUAAAGUAGGUUUACCUGCCAGACCAAAAAGUCCGUUAGAUCCUAAAAAGGAUGGGGAAACCUUUUCCUAUUCUGUGCUGCCUUUAAGUGAUGGUCCAGAAGGUUCCAGCAGCCGGCCCCAGAUGAUAAGAGGCCGCUUGUGCGACGAGACCAAACCGGAGACGUUUAAUCAGCUGUGGACCGUGGAGGAGCAGAAAAAGCUGGAGCAGCUGCUCUUGAAGUACCCUCCCGAGGAGGUCGAGUCUCGACGCUGGCAGAAGAUAGCCGAUGAGCUGGGCAACAGGACAGCCAAGCAGGUUGCUAGCCGAGUGCAAAAGUAUUUUAUAAAACUGACUAAAGCCGGCAUUCCAGUUCCAGGCAGGACACCAAACUUGUAUAUGUACUCCAAAAAGAUUGCUGAGCUAUACCUGUCAUCGUGGGACCCUUCCUCCAUUGGCAGUCCAUCUUCUCUGGGAUUCGCUCUUUCUCGGAUUUCCCUGGCGGAGGGGGGUUCUUCCCUUGUAGCCAAGUCUUCGACAAGCAGACGACAACACCCCCUUAACAAGCAUCUCUUCAAGCCUUCCACGUUUAUGACUUCCCACGAGCCUCCCGUGUACAUGGAUGAGGACGAUGAUGACAGGGCCAGUUUCCAUAGCCACACGGACCCUGCGGCAGAGGAGGCCUCGGAUGAAGAAAGCAUUCCUGUCCCGUGCCGGGAGUUGCCCGAGUACAAGGAGCUGCUGGAGCUAAAGAAGCUGAAGAAGAAGAAGCUGCAGCAGAUGCAGGCGGAAGGCGGCUUUGUGCAGCACGCAGGCUUCAAGUGUGAUAACUGUGGCAUGGAGCCCAUUCAGGGCAUUCGGUGGCACUGCCAGGAUUGUCCCCCGGAAAUGUCCCUGGACUUCUGUGACUCUUGUUCAGACUGCCUCCAUGAGACCGACUUCCACAAGGAGGACCACCAGCUAGAGCCCAUUUACCGGGCAGAGACUUUCUUAGACAGAGACUACUGCGUUUCCCAGGGCACCAGCUACAGUUACCUGGACCCAAACUACUUUCCAGCCAACAGAUGACAUGGGAGAGACCCUGGGCCACGCUCCUCUUCCACACAUAGCCAUGGUACCGGCGUUCUCUUGGCUUUCCCUGAAAGGACAUUCUGUGAUGCGCGCUCCCCAGGGGUCUCACCACCUGUUGGGUGGGGUUCUCGGCGGGCUGCCGACCAGCCGGCUGCACGCACGCGUGCGCGCCUCCCGUGCACUUCUCCCUGUCUCGGGGCCCUGUCGGUGGCCGUCUCCGGGGGCGAGCCCCCAUUGAGGAGAGUCCAUCCCAAAGGCUUCAGACCAGGUCACGGCAAUGGUAUCGAGAAGACAAAGUCUUUCUAGAAAGACCGUUUCUAGGCUGCAGCUUUGUGGUGAAGACAGUUUUCACCAAUGAUGGUAUUUGCUUCUAGGAUCUCUUCUUACCGACGUGUCCCUGCCCCAUCCAGUCGGCGCUGCUUCCUUCACCACACUGACUGGUCCCUGGAACUGUCCUCCUCCCCUCCCGACAGUGAAGCACUACCAGAGGCCUGCGCGGCGUUGCCUCCAUGACCGGCUCGCAGUCGCGGUGUGUGAGUGUGAUCCGGUCGUCCCUCAGAUCUAUUUUUUAAAUGUCAUGUUCUAUAAGAUUGAUCAUGUGAUGUGUACAAACUAUGGUGAAAAGUGCCAGUGGUAGUAACUAUGUCCAGUCUCUAAUACUCCACAUUAACUCCUUGAAAAUGCACAGCCUCUGCCUCUGUGUUUGGAGUUGUCCGUGCAACUCAGCAAAGAAAACUGCCUAAUAGAGAAUCAUCUGUAUGGUAAUAACUCCCCUCUUUUGUAGUCUGCCCCAGAUCCACGAAAGAUUGUAUUUUUAUUACUAUUUAAAAAGUGAUUACACUUCGUCUGCGCAGUGAGCGAGGGUUCACAUGCAUCCUUUUAUACUGCUGGAUUUUGUUGUGCUUCAUUUAAGACAUUUUGUAUGUUUCUUCUUAUCUGUGUAUACCGUCUGUUCUUAAAUAAUGUUCAUUUGUCAAGAGAACUGUGAGAAAUAAACUAUGUGGAUACUGUCUGUUUAUAGUA